CCCAAAUACUCUCUGGAUUAUUGUCUUUCCUGCGUCAUCAACAUUCCCUGAACUCAGAUCCAAAAGCUGCCCAAUAUUUCCGACCGGAAUGAUUAUAAAUUAUAAGCUACACAAUAUACACUAAUGUAGGCUGUGUACUACAGUGACGCUUAUUCCGGGCAAUUCUUAUUGCCAAAGCAUAGCCUCCCCUGGUUGAAACACCCUUAAGGAAAACCCAGAUACUUAAUAGAGUACAGGUUACUUAUUUCGGAGAAAAGAUGAAAGGGGGUUAGGUGCCUGUAGUUCCCGACAGUCCUGUCUACAACCAGACGGAAGCAAUAGGAUAUGCAUUGUCAAGAUCUGCUUACCACUGAGCGUAGGGAGCACUAAUCAAUCCAAUUAGCGUCCAAAUAAUUAACUUACCCAGUGUCUCCAUUUUCGUCGUUUCCCGGUGCCUUUGUUGAAGAAACAAUACAGAUCAUCAUGACUAGUUUCAGUUAUAUUUUCGUAGACGAAAUAUUUUCGUACAUCUAAGUUGCCCUAAGCUUUAGCGGAUAUUGCAAACUUCCAAGCAUAAAUUUAUUCUCGCUAUUGCUACAACAAGGCGAGUUUGAUUUGGAUGUGUGACGCAGGCAUUGCAAUUGGAUGUUAAUAGGUAUUACAGGGUAUUAUUAUAACUUAUACGGGGGUUAUUAUAAUGCCCCUAGCAGUCUGUCUUAUUGCGACACUAACCAUCAAUGUUCACUUUACAUUUAUAGUUAAGAGGUUUGAGCUACGUUUGGUUUCUAGGAAUAUUUUGUUUAACUCUUUUUGAAAUAAUGUGAAUCCAAAGGUGACAUGGUGGUUACGGUUGACAUAGUGGCAGAACAUAACGUCAUGUCAAUUCCAUGAAAAUUGCCCUCCAGGUAGGCCUCUCUUCCUUGAAAUCUCAACCAAGGCAGGGUGAUCUAAAAGAACACAUAAUCUAAAAAUGAAUUCCAUGCAUUUGGCGACAAGUCAUCCAUAAUAUGGUGCACUGAAACUACAGGCUGCUACCCUGAUCACCUAAUAAGCUUUUGUUAUGAGGCAGGAUGGUCCACAGCCCCGGCAGAGAGCAGUAAGACCAUGGCGUGGAGGGGACGCCACGUUGGCCGGACCGCACUCUGGGCCUCUCUUCUCCUCCUCCUCAGUGUGUCCCUCCUGCUGUCCCCCGCCCUGGCCGGACCAGCCCGCUCCCCCAUCCUUCCUGGCCAGCCCUUCCUGGUGUUCUGGGGGGUCCCCGACAGGGGCUGUCCAGGGCGCCCUGACCCUUCAGCCUUCGGCAUGGAGUGGCAGGGCCGUGCGGCUGUGUUCUACGAGGACACCCUGGGCCUGUACCCCUUCUUCACCGCCUUGGACCAACCCAUCAAUGGAGGCCUUCCGCAGCACACCAGCCUGAACACCCACCUCCAACGGGUAGAGGCUGACCUCCUGACCGCCCUGCCCCAGGCCGGGGCUCCGGGGCUGGGCGUGCUGAGGUGGAAGGAGUGGUCGCCCCAGUGGAGCAGGAACAGGGGAAAACAGGCCAAGUACCAGCAGGGGUCGCGGGCCCUGCUCAGGGGGUUCUUUCCCGACUGGAGUCCUGAGGAGGUGGAGAAGUGGGCACAGGUGGACUUUGAGGCGGCUGCUCAGGCCAUCCUGAUGGAGACCCUGCGGGAGGUCAAGCGUCUGCGGCCCCAGAGCCUGUGGGGGGUGGCUCCCUUCCCAGACUGCUACAACUCCGGCCCGCUCCAGCUCCUGCCCAACUACACAGGCCGCUGUCCGGCCGCCGAGAUGGCCCUCAACGACGAGCUCAUGUGGCUGUGGAAACGGAGCACGGCCAUCUACCCUACCCUGAUGAUGGACAAGUUCCCGCCUGGGUCCAAGGGGCCCUGGCUUUACUCCUCUAAUCAGAUUCGAGAGGCAUUGAGAGUGGCAGCUCUGGCGGGAACAGCCUACGACCUACCAGUGUUUCCAUUGGUCAGGACUGUCUAUGCAUCCACCAAUAACUACCUGUCUGAGGCAGACCUGGUGAACUCGGUGGGAGAGAGUGCUGCUAUGGGCGCCGCUGGAGUCAUCAUGUGGGAGAGAGCCUUCUUAGCAAAGACUCAGAAGUCCUGCUCUGAGAUGGCUUCUUUCAUACGGGAUGUGUUGGGCCCGUACGUGGUGAACGUCACCACGGCAACACGCCUGUGCGGCGUGUCCCUGUGCCAGGGUCGCGGGCGCUGCGUGCGCAAGAACCAGGAGGACUCCGUCUAUCUCCACCUGCCCUCCGUCAACUUCCGCCUGCUGCCCGAGGGCGCCGAGGGCGUCCGGGCCGCUGGCGAGCUUGACCCCGCCUUCCUGGACACCUGGAGGCGGGACUUCCGCUGCCAGUUCUACGAGGCCCUAGAGGGCGCCGCCGCAGACCAGGAGUCCGGAGGCUUGGACGCCCGGGGGGCCAACGCACGCCCUGCACUUAAGUCCCCCGCCCUGGCAGGACAGGGACAAGGGCAAGGGCAGGGGCAGGGGCAGGGGCAGGGGCAGGUGCAGGGGCAGGAACAGGAACAGGGACAGGGACAGGGACAGGGGCAGGGGCAGGGGCAGGUGCAGAGUGAGGGAACGGGGGUAACAGUUGGACAAGUACCCAAGGACAGUGGCGUCUCGACUCACCAGCCCGCGGCCCAACUGCUCUUCCUGCUCAUGGCGACUGGACUCCUCUUGACCCACUGA